UUGGGAACACAAAAAUGGCAGUGAAUUUAUCUGUCUGUCUGAAGUGUGGAGUCUGGACUUGCACUUUUUGUUUCUCUACCGAGUACCGAUCGAUGAUGAGAGUACUGGAUUGAUUUGAGUUGAGCUUUUCCUCCUUCCUUCUUUCUUUGCAUCUUCUUCUGUUAAGAUAACAGGACCGACGACCGUAUGAACAGUAGGUGCAGAGCUAUGUUCCUCUUAUUAGGACUCAUCCUCAUCUUAGGCGCCACUUUACUCGUCACUUCUUCCACUGCUGCUUGCUCCAACGGCAACUGCCAGCUGUUAGAGCCGUGUUCUUUGGCUACCGACUGCGGACCUAGUCUCUACUGUGGAAACUGCCCUUCUAUAGGGGAAAACCAACCCGUCUGCACCAGAGGCCAAGCCAUAAUACCCACAUCACUGAUCAACGGAUUACCCUUUAAUAAGUAUUCAUGGCUCGUGACCCACAAUUCCUUUUCAAUUGUUGACGCCCCUUUACUCACCGGUGCCGACAGAAUUACUUUCUACAAUCAAGAAGACACUGUCACCAAUCAAUUGAUGAAUGGAGUCAGAGGAUUUAUGCUGGAUAUGUAUGACUUCGAGAACGAUAUUUGGCUAUGUCAUUCUCUCCGAGGACAAUGCUACAACUUCACUGCAUUUCAACCUGCCAUUAACACUCUCAACGAAGUGGAAGCAUUCUUGACUUCGAACCCAACUCAAAUAGUGACCAUCAUAAUCGAGGAUUAUGUUCGCUCUCCCAAAGGGCUUACAAAGCUUUUCGCCAAUGCCGGGUUGGACAAGUAUUGGUUUCCCGUUUCUAAGAUGCCCAAGAAGGGUCGGGAUUGGCCUACUGUAACUCAAAUGGUCCUCGACAAUCACCGACUGCUGGUUUUCACUUCUGACUCGUCCAAGGAAGCCUCAGAAGGGAUCCCUUAUCAAUGGAGGUACAUGCUGGAAAAUGAGCCUGGAGAUGGUGGUGUUAUAGAAGGCUCUUGUCCAAACAGAAAGGAAUCCAAGUCACUAAAUUCAAGAAGCGCAUCUCUUCUCUUGCAAAAUUACUUCCCCACGAUUCCAGCUCAAUCUGAAGCUUGCAAAGAGCAUUCGGCUCCCCUUGCUAAUAUGGUCGAAACUUGCUAUAAAGCAGCCGGGAAUUCCAUGCCAAACUUCUUGGCCGUCAACUUCUACAUGAGGAGUGAUGGAGGAGGCGUUUUUGAAGCUCUUGAUAGGAUGAACGGCCAGACAUUAUGUGGAUGUUCUACUGUCACUUCCUGCCAGGCUGGACAAAAAUUUGGAGUUUGCAAGAACAUAGGGGUGUUUAAUGGAAAUGGAAAUGGAAGUCCACCAGCUAAUGGCAGCGGAAAUUUCUCAGGAUCCGUUCAAUUGACAGGAUCUUCUUCUUCUCUACUCCCUCCUCCACGGCCACACUUAUUUUUGUUUAAUCUUCUUCUAAUAUUGUUGCUUUCUUUUCUUUCCUUCUUUCUAUAGAUCUCUGAAUCGAGCAUAACAUUUUUAGAUGUUUCCUUUGAGUGUCUUCUAAGAGUGCUUUGUUUCUUCUCAUCUCAUCUCAUUGGUUAAGGAAAUAGUAAAUUAGCUCAAAACAGUCACUGUUUGAUCAUCAUGUUGAAAUUUAAAGUCAGUUUCUAGAAAUGGA